AUGUCCAGCAUACCCGAUAAGCGCAAACAACCCAGUUCUCUGACUGGCGGGACCCCUUACGCGAAGCGAUCUCGUCCUUCUUACGCAGACGAAGAAGAUGAAGACGAGAUGACACCAACCGUAACUCCGUACGAACGUCCUCGGAACCACCCGAUCUACGGACAGAAGAGCGCUUUCCCCGGUCUCGACACCGCCGGUGACGAUGAAUUAUUCUACGGUCCAGCAGAGGACGGCAUGGAAUAUCUUCGCAUGGUCCGGUCAGAGGCUAAUUCACUACCUUUCUUGUUUACCGCGCCUCAACCGACAGAUCCGCCCGUCGAGGAAACCAAACAAAGUGAAGCCGAACAGGACCUAAACGAACCUCAACCCGCGGAAGAGAAGAAGAUGAAGAAGACAGAUAUCGCCCAGAUAGGCUUCUACGUGGAUGGGGUAUAUGUUGCGGCUCCCUCAACUACUCCGAAGGAACAACCGGAUACCACCGAACCAGCGCAAUCAGAUGCGCAAUCGAGCUAUUACAACCUUCUACACCACCGGUUCUUGCUCCUCCGGUCUAUACUAAAAUGUACGCCACCGUCAACGGCUAUAGCGGCGCUAGAUGAGUCGCAUCCGAUAAGUCUGCCGCGACGCUCGAGAGACGCGCGCAAGGAGUGGCGGCGGCUGUUGUUGGUGGCGGACCCGCAGACGGUGCAGUUAGCGUGUAUGGAUAUGGAUAGUGUGCUGGGGGUGCUGGAAGUGAUGGCGAAGCUAAUGUCGGAGAAUAUAAGGAGUGGAGAUGCGGAGCGUGUUCGACGGAUCGGUGCUUGGGCUUGGGGUUUACUGGGCAAGUGUCGCGAUGUUGGGCAGUUGGCGUCUGAGGAAGUGGGUGAGAUUCGGGACUUGGGAAAGCGUGCUGCGAAGAUCUUGCGGAAAAUGCGGGAGGAAGAUGAGAAGAAGCGCUCGGCUGGAGCCGAUGGGAACCUGUCGAGUGAAGAAUCGGAUGAUGAGAAUCCAGCUGAUGAUCAGCCUCGUGCGGAGGAAGAAACGAAAGAGAAUGUGGAGGCUCCCUGUGAUCCUCCUGGCGAAUCUCUCGACCACGACAUGCCGGACGUGGAACAAGAGCCUCCCGCCGAAGACUUAGAAAUGGCUAAAGCCCGGCUACAGGCUAAAAUUGAGCAAGGCGAUGAAUCUAAAUCGACUGAACCCGAGGCUCAGGAAGACGAGUCCAAGACUGAGGAUAAUGCCGCCGAUGUCGCCAUGCAAACCCGGGCCAUGCUGGAUAUGAUCAUUACGGUUGUCGGAGAGUACUAUGGCCAGCGCGAUUUACUUUUGGCCAGAGAACCCUGGAACGAGUCGACGACUUUUAACAGAACCUCCCAACCCCAUGACCCCCUAAAAACCAAAAAAAGAAAAACAACAACAACAAUGUCCCCAAACCUCGAAAUCACAAUCCCAACAACCAGUCUCUCCCCAACCUCACCCCCGUACACAGUCUACAACCUAACACUCCGCCUCCCACUUCGCUCCUUCACGAUCUCCAAACGCUACUCAGACUUCCUCGCCUUCCACAAAACCCUGGUAACACAAACCAACGCCGACCCACCGGCACCCCUACCGUCAAAGACCUGGUUCAAAAACACCGUCUCAAACGCCUCUCUCCGCGAAGACCGCCGCCAAGCCCUAGAAGCUUAUCUCCAGGCCAUAAACAACGCCGAAGAUGCCCGAUGGCGCAACUCGCCCGCCUGGCGCGCGUUCCUGAAUCUGCCGUCGGCCGCGAACACUUCGCAUACCUCGACGAGACUUCAUGCGGCGAUUACGGACCCCGGGAGUAGUGGCGCGGGCGGGCCGAAUAAUCCUAUCUCGGAUCCGACGCUGUGGUUGGAUGUGUAUCGCGAUAUGAAGUCGCAUUUGCAUGAUGCGAGGUUGCAUUUGACGCGGCGGGAUCAGGAGACGACGCCGCAGAAGCAGCAUGAGAGUUCGGCGCGCGCGAAGAGUAGUCUUGUGAGGGCGGGGAGUUUGAUUGCGGCGUUGGAGGAAGGGUUGAAGGUUAUGGGAGAGACGGCGAAUCGUGCGCAGAGUCCUGGUGGGAGGGGAAGGGGUAGUUCGUUGGGGGAUGGGGAGUUGCGGCGGAGGAAGGAUCUUCUUAUUAAUGCGCGGAAGGAGAAGGAUGGGUUGGAGGAUUUGUUGAAUGCUAUGGCGGCUAAGAGUCGGGUGGAUAAUGCGGUAGCUUCAGCGCAGGAUAAGGAGGCGCUGGUUGGGAGUGCGAGUAGGAAGCCCGCGAGGUCGGGGAGGGUUUUGGGGAAGGAGACCGAGAGGACGCGGGAACUGGAUAACCAGGGAGUGCUUCAGUUGCAGAGGCAGACUAUGGAAGACCAGGAUCAGAGUGUGGAGGAGUUGUUGAAGAUUAUACGAAGGCAGAAGGAAUUGGGCAUUGCUAUCAAUGAGGAGGUGGAGAUUCAGAACGCCCUUCUGUCGAUAGCUAAUGAGGAUGCUGAACGGGUAAACCGUAAAAUCGAUAUUGGGAAGAAGAGGAUAGGGAAGAUAUCCUAG